CCGGACUACAGCUACCGGCAGGCAGCGGGGCGCGGCCCUUUGUCUGCCUCGCCUGGUGCCGCCCGGCCCUGGGCGGCCAUCGGAGGCUGCGGGGGACAUCGGGGGGCCGCCGGCCGCCGCAGCGCUGGCUCUUCUGGUGGGACCCCCGCCCAUGGAGUGGGAGGAGAAGCCAUCUGCGGGGGAUCCGUGGGAUGCGAGGCUCCGGGGGAUGCCCGACCCCUGCGGCACAGGAAAGGGCCGGGCUGGCGCGAAGCGUGAGGUCGUGGUGAAAACGGAGCUGGAGGACGAGUCCUACGCUGGGUGUCCCCAGGGCCGUGGCGUCCCCGGCGCUGGCAUCAAAGCGGAGGUCGCGGUGAAAAGCGAGCCAGAGGACGGGGCGUACGGCGGUCACAGCCAGGAGGGGGCCGUGCCCCACCACCCCCCUGCCUGCGAUGCCAAGCCCGAGAUCAUCGUGAAGGUGGAGCCGGAGGAGGAGUCGUGCAUCGGGUGCCCCCGAGGUCGGGGUGACCCAGGUGCUCCCGGCCACCGCGGUGGCGCAGAUGGCAGCGGUGAGCACCGACCCAAGGAGGAGCCGAAACCGGAGGCGGCUGAGCUGGAGAAGGGUCUGGGGGCUGCAGCAAGGGGCCCCCCAGGGCCCUGGCCCCGCGUCAGCCAGUGGACAGUGCAGCAGGCGCAGGGCACCGUGGCCGAGCUCUGGUGCAGCCCGGCAGUGCCCGGGGGUCCGCAGGGCCCCCCCGAGCCCUGGGGUCUCUGCCUGGAGAAGGGCCCAGCCCCAGUGGCACCGGCGAGCGGCGCCGGGCAGAGCCCCCCCUCUGGCUGCGGGGCGGGCAGCGCCGCGGCCCCCGGCACCGAGGCGGCGCGGCAUCCCCGCAGCCACGCGGCCGAGCGUCCCUUCGCCUGCAGCGAGUGCGGGAAGAGCUUCCAGCAGCGGGGGAACCUCAUCACCCACCUGCGGGUGCACACCGGGGAGAAGCCCUUCGCCUGCACCGUCUGCGGCAAGAGCUUCAGCCAGAAGGGCGACCUGAUGCGGCACCAGCGCAUCCACACCGGCGAGAAGCCGUUCGAGUGCACCGUCUGCGGCAAGAGCUUCUGCUCCAAGCAGACCUUCAUCCUGCACCAGCGCAUCCACACCGGCGAGAAGCCCUUCUCCUGCGCCGAGUGCGGCAAGAGCUUCAACCGCAAGGCCAACUUCAUCACCCACCAGAAUAUCCACACCGGCGAGAAGCCCUUCUCCUGCGCCGAGUGCGGCAAGGGCCUCUGCAGCAAGACGACCUUCAACCUCCAUCGGAAGAUCCACAUCGGCGACCGGCCCUUCGGCUGCUCCGAGUGCGGCAAGAGCUUCAGCCGCAACGGCGACCUGACGCGGCACCAGCGCAUCCACACCGGCCAGCGCCCCUUCGCCUGCGCCGACUGCGGCAAGUGCUUCAGCCACAACGGCGAGCUGGUCAAGCACCGGCGCAUCCACACCGGCGAGAAGCCCUUCGCCUGCGCCGACUGCGGCAAGAGCUUCAACCGCAAGGACACCCUCGUCGCCCACCAGCGCAUCCACACCGGCGAGCGCCCCUUCGCCUGCCCCGACUGCGGCAAGACCUUCAACCUGAAGACCACGCUGAUGAAGCACAAGCGCAUCCACACGGGCGAGCGUCCCUUCGCCUGCCUGGAGUGCGGCAAGAGCUUCAAGUACAAGGGCAACCUCCGGACCCACCACCUCACCCACAUGGUGGAGCGGGUCUACCCGUGCACCGAGUGCGGCAAGAUCUUCAGGCACAAGAAGGAGCUGACGGUGCACCAGGGCGCGCACACGGAGAAGCGGAUCCUCGCCUGCUACCGCGAGGGAGAGUCCUUCAGCCCCUUCCUCCCCAUGCACCCGCUCCUCGCGCCCUGCACCCAGCUCCCGGUGCCGCUGGAGGCCUUCUCCAAGUGUGAGUCUGACGUGGGUCCCCCCGUCUGGCACAAGCUGAUGUCGGUGACCUUCGAGGACGUGGCCGUCUACUUCUCCCCCGAGGAGUGGGCAGAGCUGGCGGCGUGGCAGCGGCGGCUCUACCGCGAGGUGAUGAUGGACAACUACCAGGCCGUCGCCUCGCUGGGCCGUCCCGCCGCCAAGCCGGAGAUCAUCUGCAAGAUGGAGUGGGAAGAGGCGCCGUGCGUGCCAGACCCCGCCGGGAUGCGGCGGCGGCGGCUCCGGACCCCUGUGCCAGCUGGCAGCCUCGGGGCGCAGGGGGAGGCCAGGGGGGGCCCCGAGGGGCUGCCGGCACCCCCCGAGUGGGGCGGGAGGCAGCGGAGGGGCUCGACCCGCAGCCGGCUGGGCAGGAGCAGGGGGGUCCCGCCGGGGCGCUCCCGCCUCCGCCCCCUCCCGGCCCGCCGGCCACCGGAGAAGACCCCCCCAACGUGCCCCGAGUGCGACAAGAGCUUCAAGAGCCAGACGGCGUUGGCCAUCCACGAGCGGAGCCACACGGGCGAGCGGCCCUUUGGCUGCCCCCGCUGCGGGAAGGGCUUCCCCUCCAAGGGGGACCUCAAGCGACACCAGAAAACCCACGCGGGGAAGCCGGAACCCCCCGGCACCGUCCCGGUGCUCCCGGCCAAGCUGCUGCCGUCCCGGCUCCACCGCGUCGCCCCGGUCCCCAAGAGACCCCACGCCUGCGCCGACUGCGGGAAGAGCUUCGGCAAGAGCCGGGACCUGAGGAAGCACCAGCAGACGCACACGGCGGCGCGGCCCUUCCCCUGCCCGCAGUGCGGCCGCCGCUUUCGGCUGAGGCAGAUCCUGGCGUCGCACCAGAAGGUGCACGGCGGGGAGAAGCCCUUCGGCUGCGCCGACUGCGGCAAGCGCUUCGCUCAGAAGCAUCACCUGCUGAGCCACCGGCGCGUGCACACCGGCGAGAAGCCCUUUGCCUGCGGCCACUGCGGCCACCGCUUCAGCCAGAAGCACCACCUGGUCAGCCACCAGCGCAUCCACACCGGGGAGCGCCCCUUCGCCUGCGCCCGCUGCCCCAAGGCCUUCAGGGACAAGAAGACCCUCACCGUCCACCAGCGGGUCCACACCGGCGAGAAGCCCUACAAGUGCGGCGAGUGCGGCAAGAGCUGCAGCCAGAAGCAGCACCUGAAGAGCCACCAGCGGGUGCACCGGGGCGCGUGGGCCGCGCCGGAGGGCUGCCGGCGGGACGGGGGGGGUCCGUCCCCGGGCGGGGGGCGGGCGGAGGCCAAGCCUUUCCAGUGCGGCGGCUGCGAGAAGCGCUUUCGGGACGAGGGGAUCAUGCUGGCUCACCAGCGCACCCACGGCACCCCCGGCCCGUGGGCGCCCCCGCAACCCGGCGCCCCCCAGAACUGCCGCUGAGGGGCCCGCGGGGCGCCGGGUGGGGGGGCUGCGGGGGGGGGUCAGCCGGAGCAGCAGCGCACGGGCCGGGAGCGAGCGGCGGCCACGACCCCCUCCACCAGCGGCUCCGGGUGCUGCCGGCGCGGGCCGCGACCGUGCCCCGGGGACGCCCCGAGCCGCCGGCACCAUGCCCGGGGUCGCCGGCGCCCCUUCCCCGCCGUGCUGCGGCGCCGGCAGCUGCCGGGGGGGCCGGCGGCACAGGGCUGGCUGCCAGGGCAGGGGGAUACAGCGGAUAUCUCGCGGGGCACUCAGGGCGGUUUAUGGCACGGUGGGAAGGUGCUGCAUUAAUUUUUGCACCCGGAGAGGAAAUGGAGAGCCCCGGGGCGCCAUGCCGAGCCGCGAGCUCCGCGGCA